AUGGAUGUUCUCUAUUCACUAAUAGGAGUUGAAGGACUUGACCUUCUAGCACAAGAUGAUAUUUUUACAAACACUCUCAAUUUUGUGUUGACCGAUAAUGGUGAUUAUUAUUCAAUUAAUGAACCAAUACUAAAUCGAUUUUGUAAUGAUAUAUUACCUCGAAUUCAAUAUAAUGUUAGAUCUCUUUAUUUGGAAACAACAACUAUGGAUCAUAUUUUACGUGCUGGUGUUUAUCCGAAUCUUACUAAACUCAAAAUAUUCAAAUUUCAUGAAAAUUUUCUUUUACAUUUUGGUACAGAUGAAUUACUUUUCCGAUACAACUUCAAAAAACAAAUUACAAAUCUUACAUUAGUCAGUGAUUACGGUGGUAAAGUAGGAACUCUAGAUCAGACCACAAAUGUAUUUAUAAAAUUACUUGAUUUCUUUGAAAAUCUAAACUAUUUGAGCUGUAUUGGAUCAUCUGUUACUGGUAAUCCAGUUUUAUCAUUUGUUGAUUUACCAUUAAAUACUUUUGUUUCUUCAAAUCUAACUAAAUUAUGUGUUACUGUGGAUAGUUUUGGAGAUUGUCUUCGUUUACUUGAUGGUCGUCUCAAUCAAUUAUCUACAUUUAUUGUUAUUAUCAUUAAUGCCAAAGAUUAUUCAUCGAUGGAAUUCAACUCAAAUGUUCUACAUCAUUUGAAAUGUUUUUCAUUGACGUAUGAAUCUUUAACCAAUGAAUAUGAUAAUCAAGUUGCACCUCUUCUUCAUCGAAUGUGUAAUCUUCAGGAUUUAACAUUAUAUAUUCAAAUCGACAAACGGAAUAGACUUGUAGAUGGCAUUCAACUUGAAAAUGAUAUUCUUAUUCAUUUGUCAAAACUUGAAACAUUCGCUUUUUAUAUCUGCACUUGUACUAGUGCCAAUCAUCCUGUUACUUUAUCAAAUGAUGAUAUUCAACGAACAUUUUCUAAUGUAAAAUUUGGACAAGUUGGUUGUAGUAUGAAUUAUGUCAAUGAGUCUGAUAUAACAUACCAUGUUUUCUCACUUCCUUUUAAAUUUGAUCGUAUACGAUUUAUUGGCAAUAGUUUUACGAAUACGAUAUUCAAGGAUGUUACUUUUUUAUGUGUAUUUGACUGGAUUCCAUUCGAACAUGAAUUUUUUGUUCGACUGGCUCGAUGUUUUCCAUUAUUGAAAACAUUAAUUAUUGUAAAUUGUAAAGCACAGUCAACAGAUUCAGCUAAAUCUAAACAUGACAAUAAUGGACCAUUUGAAGUUGUCCAAUAUCUUCAUCUUACAUCACUUGAGUUUGGCCGUGCACAUAUUGAUUAUGUUGAGCAAAUGUUAAAUGAAUCAAAAACACGUUUACCUUGUCUGACACAAUUAUGGAUUGAUUAUCAUCAAUUGAAAACCGUAACAAAUAACUUUACAAGAGAUGCAACAAGACUUAAUUGUAUCAAUAUAGAAGAAUUAGAUUUUCACAGUGGUAGCGAUCACGACGAUAGCGAUGAUCACUUGAUAAUAGCACAAUCAAAAGACUUUCAUGUUUAUUUUCCUUUGUUAAAACUUUAA